GGCUGGGACUUGGAUGAUGUCAGCGCGCCGGUCAGAAAAGCCUGUGGAUUUCUGGGAGCGUUUACGCUCCAGCCAUUUUCAGCUUCCUGCUGUCAUCCUUGCUUCCACGCAGCAAGCGCAGGAAUAAAGAAAACAACCGAGACUAGCCUACUUUUACAUGGAUCCGCUAACAGCUAAAGGGCCAGAAUGGAUGAAUUAAAAACGUCCCGCACUGUGAGCUUUGUUACAGCCUAGUGAGCGCCACUGAGUUUCAGGUUCGUCAACAGGCCGAUAGGAUAGGAACUACUUGGCUGACUAAUUCCUAACGGGUUUACUCGCAUUAGCUAGCCAUGCUAGUGUUAUUCGUUACAAUGUAUCUCCACGAAUUCGCGUGAUAUACGAGUCCGUCGUUACAUUAUUUAACCAUCCUGCAACUUAGCCUACGCUCUCUUUGAAAACAGGUCUUAUCGAGCCUUUCACGACGUUCAAGAGGAUCUGAACUUAUUGCCGGUGUUCCUAACGUGGAGAUAAAGCCUGUCUGACAGAGGAGCGUCGAGCCCCCGGCUGAUGUCCACCAUGGUCUACCCUCGUGAGGAGACCCUGGAGCGCCUGAGCCAGGACGAGAUCGUGCUGAACACCAAGGCGGUGAUGCAGGGCCUGGAGACGCUGCGGGGCGAACACAACCAGCUGCUGGGCUCCGCGCUGGACUGCACACCGCUGCCCGCCGCACAGGAGAAGUCCGGCCUGCUGCGCAAGAGUCUGGAGGCCAUCGAGCUGGGCCUGGGAGAGGCGCAGGUGAUCAUUGCGCUGUCGGGGCACCUGAGCGCGGUGGAGUCGGAGAAGCAGAAGCUGCGGGCGCAGGUGCGGCGGCUGUGUCAGGAGAACCAGUGGCUCCGGGACGAGCUGGCCAACACGCAGCAGAAGCUCCAGCGCAGCGAGCAGAGCGUGGCGCAGCUGGAGGAGGAGAAGAAGCACCUGGAGUUCAUGAACCAGAUCAAGAAGCUGGACGAGGACGCGUCGCCCUGCGAGGAGAGGGCCAACGACAACAGCAAGGACAACCUGGACGACCUCUUCCCCAACGACGACGAGCAGGGACCCAACCAACCGAGCGGCGAGGUGGCGGCGCAGCAGGGCGGCUACGAGAUCCCGGCCCGCCUGCGGACGCUGCACAACCUGGUGAUCCAGUACGCCUCGCAGGGCCGCUACGAGGUGGCCGUGCCCCUGUGCAAGCAGGCGCUGGAGGACCUGGAGAAGACCUCCGGCCACGACCACCCCGACGUGGCCACCAUGCUCAACAUCCUGGCCCUGGUCUACAGGGACCAGAACAAGUACAAAGAAGCGGCCCACCUGCUGAACGACGCCCUGGCCAUCCGAGAGAAGACGCUGGGCCGAGACCACCCCGCCGUGGCUGCCACACUCAACAACCUGGCCGUGCUCUACGGCAAGAGGGGCAAGUACAAGGAGGCCGAGCCCCUCUGCAAGAGGGCCCUGGAGAUCCGAGAGAAGGUGCUGGGGAAGUACCACCCUGACGUGGCGAAGCAGCUGAACAACCUGGCGCUGCUGUGUCAGAACCAGGGCAAGUACGAUGAGGUGGAGUACUACUACCGGCGCGCCCUGGAGAUCUACGAGAGCAAGCUGGGCGCCGACGACCCCAACGUGGCCAAGACCAAGAACAACCUGGCCACGUGCUACCUGAAGCAGAGCAAGUUUAAGGAUGCUGAGUGUCUGUAUAAGGAGAUUCUGACCCGCGCCCACGAGAAGGAGUUUGGAUCUGUCAACAAUGACAACAAGCCCAUCUGGAUGCAUGCGGAGGAGAGGGAGGAGACCAAGGGUAAGAGGAAGGACUCCGGUCCCUACGGAGAAUACGGAAGCUGGUAUAAAGCCUGCAAGGUUGACAGAAGUCCUACGGUCAAUACCACUCUGAAGAGCUUGGGGGCGCUGUACCGGCGUCAGGGCAAGCUGGAGGCCGCAGAGACUCUGGAAGAGUGUGCUACCAAGAACCGCAAGCAGGGCAUUGAUGCCAUAAACCAGAGUAAGGUGGUGGAGCUGCUGAAGGACGGGGGUGUGGGGGGGGGCGAGCGACGCCAGAGCCGUGACUGCCAGAACGGCCCGGGGGGGCAGCGGGGGGACUGCGAGGGCGACGAGGCCGAGUGGAACGGGGAUGGCAGUGGCUCUCUGCGUCGUAGUGGCUCCUUUGGGAAGAUCCGUGACGCUCUGAGACGCAGCAGUGAGAUGCUGGUCAAGAAACUACAGGGCAGUGGGCCUCAGGAGCCUCGCAACGCUGGUAUGAAGAGAGCCAGCUCCCUCAACUUCCUCAACAAGAGCGCCGAGGAACAAUCACAGGAUGCCAACGCCGGCCUAUCAGAAUCCAGAGGCCUGAGCUCCAGCAACGUGGACCUGACCCGGCGAUGCUCUCUGGUUGGCUAAACCUGUAGCUUUUGGGGGGGCGGGCCCAACACAAGAGCCCAAUCAGGACAGGCUGUCUGCUCUCAAGUUCAGUGGUGAUGCGUUAAUGCUCACAACAGCUUCUCACUCAGAUUCUUUUUCUUUUUUAAAUAAGAGACAAAACAAAACAAAAAAAAAGAAUUGUUGAAAAUAUAAACACGCUUUUGUUUUGACACAGCUCUUGGGAUACGAUAGAGCUCGCUGCUCAUGCUGUAAAUUACGCUCACGUCAUACGACAUAACUUAUCAAACCUAUAUUUAGAUAGAUUUACAAAAGGAGACACUUUAGCAUGCUGCUUCAUAGACCUGAACUGAGGAGUGGAGGAAGACUACCUAGGGACAUCUAGUGGAUUUAUAGAGGUACUACAGGUUGGCAGAAUCGUGAGCGCAUGGUGCAAACACAGCCACACUCAAGUGGAGUAAUCAAGUGUAGUGACAGGGUUUCUUGGUUGCCAUGACAACGGUAGCAUGAACAGGCAGCAUGCCACAGCAAUCACUGCGCUAGCACGACGAUGCUAACAAACAUCUUCAUUUCGCAAAACAAAAAAAAGACGAAACGGGAGACGAGGCGGAGACUAUAGAGAUACCUUUUUGGAGGUUUUGGGAGAGGUGAAAGGUCAAGUAAAAGUCCUCUUAAUUGCAUUAUUGUUAUUAUAUAAACAAAGAAUUUUAAAAAGAGACAGCAGAACUUUAAUUUGGUCUCUGCACCUCCUGUUUUGCCUUCUGGUUAGUAUGUAUAUACAGCUUUAAAUGAUUGACCUGGGUUUGUUUGUGUUGUUGUUCUGUUUGAUUUUUUUGUUUUGUAAAUAGCACACAGGGACUUUGUUUACACUGUAGAGCUUAGGGGGUGUCACUGGAAUGAAUAAAUAAAUAAAUAAACAAACAAACAAACAAACAAACAGAGAGGGCGGUUGAGAGGGGGAAAACUGACAGAUGGCCGACGGAUGAGUGUUUUGGUGUGGCUCAGUUGCAGUCGCUCAGCCACGCCACUUUGUGUACACACACACACACACACACACACACACACACACACCAAAAAGUGUGUUGCUGUUUGUGCUCUCAUCCGAAAGCUGUCGGAGGUGUCCACCACACACACACUCACUCUGUUGCUCGUCAGUCAUAAAGUCUUGUUUGAUAUCUUUUGGUACGAUAUGUAUAUAAAAAUGAAGAAGAAGAGAAAAAGAAACGCCUCACACUGACUGGAAUGUUUGAUUCUGUGCUCCGCUUGUCUCGUUCUGGCCCUCGUGAAGGGAGGGAGGGAGGGAGGGAAGAAGGGUGCAAUUAGCCAACAAUUCAACAAUUUUGUAGCCGUUUGCUGUGUCAUUGUCACUUGGAUGCCAGAUUUCCUGACUGAACUGGAUGCAUUCUCCAAAACAAAAGACUGAAGUCCAAAUGCGCUCUCAGAUCACGCUGCCCCCCCCCUGGCGUUACGCUUUUGGUUUGACCAUUGUGUUCAUCUCCUGGUCGUGUCCUCCUGUCAUCUCAAUCGCUUGCCCUUUUCCCUUCCUGCACUAGCAUUGAGCAAACAGUAGGGGGAGCUCUCCACCCUCCUCCAUAGGCAGACUGCCUUUGGCUGCUGUAAUACUAGUUUACUCCUCUGCAUAUCUCACUGUUACGUAGACACUGGCUGAGAUGUGACUGACAUGAAUGAGAAGAUGCGUUGAAUGUUCGGAUACUUGGGAUACGUCUGACCUGAGAACAGUUGAUCUAUGGCAUGAUAGGGAGAGGCUCUUGGACGAGUUCUAGCUGGAGAAGGAUGUGAGGGGGACUAAGGGAGGAAGAAGCAGUCCAGCCAGACUUGCUUCAGACGGAGGGGGGGGAGCUGACGCACGUGCAGUAGAUGGCUGUGCUGAUCACACCUGCUAUUGGAUCCGCCUAGUGGUGGACUGUGGAACUGAGCCAAACCAUAUCAGAGUCGCAUCUGAAACUGAGCCGUUCAGGUGUGAGGAGUUCUCAGGGUAGGGGAGGGAGUGGUCUUAGGUGGUCUUAGAGACUUCACUGAAUUAGGACCAGCGCUGAGAGAGUUAUUGUUGAUCUCCCACACGCUGCUGCUGGUGAAAAAUAAAAUGAGAGGGAGGAGUUCUUGGAAAGAAUGGAAGAAAAAGGGAGUUGAAAAAUGAAUGUGUGGAGGAAAUGGAGACGGAGUGAAGAGAAGGCAGAUAAGAGGGCGGCCCGUGUGUGUUUACAUAGAACUACUAGUCACUUCAGUGUAUCUGUCUCACACACACACACACACACAUGCACGCAUACACAGUGUAUCUCUGUCUCACACACACACGCACGCACACACACACACACACAAAUACACAGUGUAUCUCUCUCACACACACACAAAUACACAGUGUAUCUCUGUCUCACACAAACACACACACACACACACACACACAGUAGGUCUCAGACCAUAACAACAAGGGCGUGAACGCUAGUGUGUGUGUGUGUGUGCGUUUCUUUUCAUCGUCGUCAUCACAGCUCAAAUUAUGAGUCAUGGUAUUGUUUUUUUUCGAAUGUAAUUCCCCCCGCCCGCCAAAUGUUUUCUCUGUGUGUGUGUGUGUGUGUGUGUGUGUGUGUGUGUGUGUGUGUGUGUGUGUGUGUAUAUAUCAGUUGUCCUCCCUACCCAUAUCUUUCACAUCCACACAAACACCCGCACAUAAACAUUCAGUCUGGUUAGAAUGUAGUGUGCAAAAUUCUAUUGAGGAGGGAGGGGUUUCUUGGCUGUAUGGUUAGGUUGCUGUAUUCCGUACUCCAAUGGUCGAGGUCUUUAUGUGUCAAGGGGCCAACCUCCUGUAUAUUUUAAUAAAAAUGUUCAGUAAUAAAGACAUCAUGAUAAUUAAAAACAAUGUUCCACUUUUCAAACUGAA